GGCGCGUCUUCUUCUAGAUUUUCUGUCACGCACACCAACAGAGGAUAGCAUCUUCAUCCAGUCACUCGGCUCUCUUUUCACGCCGUUAUUGCCUCUCUAGCACGACGCCGCUGGCCUCCUCUGUCCCAUGUGACCUAUCUCCAUCAUCCUUCUCUUCUUAUUCCAUGGAAGUGGGAUUUAAAGCUUAAAGUUCAACACCUCCAAUCCCAAAGCUUGUGAAAUUAAGCUUAUAUCAUGGAGUUGUAAAGAAUCUUAUCCCCCACCGCCGCAAAAAUCUGCGAUGGCAACCUUGUACCACCACCAGCCCCUCUUCCACCACCGGAAAAGACCUCACCCCGCCCCAAACACCAUCACAUCAACAAUCCAUUGCUCCAAAUUGAAGAAUUCCGACCCAUAUAAGGAAAUUAAGCAGGCGCAAGUCGACUACGAUGCCGGGACCCAUAGGUUGCAUACCUCCAUCUCCGGACUGAGGAAGUCCGACCUCCCCAAAAGAAACCGUUUGCGGGUGGAGGGCGACCGCUUUCAGAAGGACUGGAGCCUAUCGGAGGUUGUCGACAUGGUUCUUAAGCUUCACCACUGGGAAGAUAUCGAGAGCGUGCUCAACCGGUGGGCCGGCCGCUUUGCACGCAAGAAUUUUCCGCUUCUCAUUAGGGAAUUGACCAAUACCGGUUCUAUAGAGCAUAGCAUCCAAGUUUUUAAUUGGAUGAAGAACCAAAAAAACUACUCUGCAAGAAAUGAUAUUUACAACAUGAUGAUUAGGUUGCAUGCAAGGCAUAAUCGUGUUGACCAGGCACGUGGCCUAUUUUUUGAGAUGCAAAAAUGGAGGUGCAAGCCUGAUGUUGAAACCUACAAUUCUCUCAUUCAUGCUCAUGGGCGUGCUGGUCAAUGGCGGUGGGGAAUGAAUAUUAUGGAAGACAUGCUUCGUGCUGCUAUUCCUCCAAGUAGAUCAACUUAUAACAAUCUGAUUAAUGCAUGCGGAUCAAGUGGUAAUUGGAGGGAGGCUCUGAAACUCUGUAAGAAGAUGACAGAUAAUGGAGUUGGGCCUGAUCUGGUAACUCACAAUAUCAUUCUAUCUGCAUAUAAAACUGGAUCACAGUAUGCAAAAGCACUCUCUUAUUUUGAGCUAAUGAAGAGUACCCAUGUUCGCCCUGACACUACAACAUUUAAUAUUGUGAUACACUGUCUGGCUAAACUGGGAAAUUAUGAAGAAGCUAUUAAAGUUUUCAAUGCAAUGAGAGAGAAAAGAUCAGAAUGUUCUCCUGAUAUUGUGACUUAUACAAGUAUUAUGCAUAUGUACUCUAGCUGCGGGCAGGUUGAAAAUUGUCAUUCAGUUUUCAACAUAAUGGUUGCAGGAGGUCUAAAACCUAAUAUUGUCUCAUAUAAUGCAUUACUUGGGGCAUAUGCCUCACUUGGUCUGAGCGAAGAGGCAUCAUCAGUUUUCAGUGAGAUGAAACAGAAUGGCUUCCUCCCAGAUGUUGUAUCCUUCACUUCUUUACUCAACGCUUUUGGAAGAUCAGAACAGCCGUGGAAGGCCAAGGAAGUAUUUGAUCUGAUGAGGAAAAACAAUUGCAAACCAAAUUUGGUGACUUACAAUGCUCUGAUUGAUGCCUAUGGAUCAAAUGGAUUUCUAGCUGAGGCUGUGGAUCUGCUGCGUGAAAUGGAGCAAGCCGGUCUACAACCAAAUGUUGUUUCAAUUAGUACAUUGUUGGCAGCUUGUGGCCGUUGCUGUCAACAUGUGAAGAUUGAUUCCGUACUAAAAGCUGCUAAGUUGCGAGGCAUAAAAUUGAAUACCAUUGCGUACAACUCUGCUAUUGGAAGUUAUAUGAAUGUUGGGGAAUAUGAGAAAGCUUUGGGUCUAUACAGGAACAUGAAGGAAAAGAGAGUUAGACCUGAUUCUGUUACUUAUAAUAUUUUAAUAAGUGGCUGUUGCAAGAUGUCAAAGUACAGUGAGGCACUAGAGUUUCUUUUUGAAAUGAGGGAUAUGAAUAUUCCUCUGUCAAAAGAGGUGUAUUCUUCUGCAAUAUGCUCAUAUAGUCGACAGGGUCAACUUGUUGAAGCCGAGUCAAUGUUCAACAUGAUGAAAGAAGAUGGUUUGCAACCAGAUGUCAUUGCAUAUACGGCUAUGCUGCAUGCUUAUAGUGUUGCUGAACACUGGGAGGAAGCUUUGGCAGUGUUUCAAGAAAUGGAGCUUAAUAAUGUCCAGCCAGACUCAGUAGCUUGUGCAGCCCUUAUGAGAGCCUUCAACCGAGGGGGUCAACCAGGCAAAGCCUUGCUUCUUGCUGAGCUUAUGAGAGAGAAAGAUAUUCCUUAUAUUGAUGCAGUGUUAUUUGAAAUGGUUUCUGCCUGUACCAUCUUGCGAGAGUGGAAGACCUUAACUGAAGUUAUCGAAAUAAUGGGAACUUCUCUUCCUAGUAUCUCGGUUGGAACUCUUAACCAUCUUCUUCAUUCUUUCGGAAAAGUAGGAAAGAUUGACACCAUGAUGAAGCUGUUCCUGAAGAUAGUUUCAUCACGUGGAGAAGCUGACUCGACUACCUAUGCAGUAUUAUUGAAGAACCUUUUAGCUGCUGGGAAUUGGAGAAAAUAUAUUGAGGUGAUGCAGUGGAUGGAUGGUGCAGGAGUUCCACAUUCUGCUCAAAUGUACAAGGACUUGCAAUUUCUUGCUCAAACAAGUAGUGGAACUAUGAAUGCUGCAGCCAUGAGGGAGAAAUUAGAAUCCUGGAAGGAAAAAUAUGGUCAUUCAACUGCAGAAGGCAAAAUUAAUCCUCCCCUGCACACUAAUGCGUUGAUCACCAGCACAAAUGUAUCUGGCGCCAAAUCAUAGAGGUGAUGAGGACAACAUCCAGAUCGAAAGGAUGAACAUAAUUACAAGAAGCACCACGGUGUUCAGACAUCCUAUUACAUUAUGCAUCUGGCGCCAAAUCAUAGAGGUGAUGAGGACCAACAUCCAGAUUGAAAGGAUGAACAUAAUUACAAGAAGCACCAUGGUGUUCAGACAUCCUAUGAUAUUAUGCAUCUGGUGCCAAAUCAUAGAGGUCAUGAGGACCACAUCCAGAUGGAAGGAUGAACAUAAUUACAAGAAGCACCGCGGUGUUCAGACAUCCUAUGAUAUUACAUCAAACACUGAUGAUGGUGACGGCAGCCACACUGAUGAUGAUGAGGAUAUAAAGAAGAGAAUGCCAUGAAUGGGGUGCUGAUAGCUCGAUUUCUCUAAUCCAGCAGCGGAUUAGUAAAGCCAACUCUGUUUUUUUUAGAAUAAAGAUGGUUCGAAACUGCAAUAGAGCUGUUUCUUCCUUCUCUGCAUAUACAUAUAGGUGUAAUUUCAUACAAGGUUCCUUUUCAAGCAUACUGCGAUUUUAUUCUAACUUCCAAGUUACUUCAAUUAUUUCGACUUAUGGUCA